CCGAUCUAAGUCGAGUCGAGUUUGUGCCGCAGACGUGGCUGCAUCUUCUGAAGACAUCAGUCUCUUCAACAAUCGAUUUUCAAUAAUUUUAAUUGUUACAUUACAUAAAUUUAUUUAAAUCAUGAGAGAAAUCGUUCAUUUGCAAGCCGGUCAAUGCGGUAAUCAAAUUGGCGCCAAGUUCUGGGAAGUGAUAUCUGAAGAACAUGGAAUUGAUCAAAAUGGAAUUUAUCAUGGCGACAGUGAUCUUCAAUUAGAAAGAAUUUCCGUUUACUACAAUGAAGCUUCCGUUGCGACAUCAACAAAUGGAGGUAAAUAUGUACCCCGAGCAAUUUUAUUGGACUUGGAACCAGGAACAAUGGACGCAGUUCGUUCAGGAGCAUACGGAAAACUAUUCCGGCCAGACAAUUACGUCUUUGGACAAUCAGGAGCCGGAAAUAAUUGGGCCAAAGGACAUUACACUGAAGGAGCCGAGUUAGUAGACUCAGUGCUUGAUGUAGUUCGAAAAGAAUGUGAAAACUGCGAUUGUCUACAAGGUUUCCAGUUAACCCACUCCCUCGGCGGUGGAACCGGAUCCGGUAUGGGUACUCUUCUCAUCUCAAAGAUCCGUGAAGAGUAUCCUGAUAGAAUAAUGAACACUUACUCUGUAAUGCCGUCGCCAAAAGUAUCUGAUACUGUCGUCGAGCCUUACAAUGCAACUUUGUCUGUUCACCAGUUGGUUGAAAACACCGACGAGACUUAUUGUAUUGACAAUGAAGCCCUUUAUGACAUUUGUUUCCGUACUUUGAAGGUUGGGAAUCCUUCUUACGGUGACUUGAAUCAUCUUGUAUCGCUUACGAUGUCAGGAGUGACCACUUGCUUGAGAUUCCCUGGACAAUUGAACGCUGACUUGCGUAAACUUGCUGUCAAUAUGGUACCGUUUCCACGAUUGCACUUUUUUAUGCCAGGGUUCGCACCUUUGACAUCCCGUUCAAUGCAACAAUACUCGGCACUGUCAGUUCCUGAAUUAACUCAACAGAUGUUUGACGCUAAAAAUAUGAUGGCUGCUUGUGAUCCUCGUCAUGGAAGAUAUCUCACUGUUGCCGCUGUAUUUCGGGGCAGAAUGUCAAUGAAAGAAGUUGAUGAACAAAUGUUAAGUGUCCAGAAUAAAAAUAGCUCAUACUUUGUUGAAUGGAUACCAAAUAAUGUUAAGACUGCGGUCUGUGAUAUUCCACCUAAGGGAUUGAAAAUGUCGUCGACUUUCAUUGGAAAUACAACAGCGAUCCAGGAAUUGUUCAAACGAAUUUCGGAACAAUUUUCUGCUAUGUUUAGAAGAAAAGCUUUCCUUCAUUGGUACACUGGUGAGGGUAUGGAUGAAAUGGAAUUCACCGAAGCUGAAUCAAAUAUGAAUGAUUUGGUGUCUGAGUACCAACAGUACCAAGAGGCCACCGCUGAAGAAGACUUUGAAACUGAAGAAGCUGCUGAUGAUUUCGAAACUUGCGAACAAGAGUAAUGCAGACUGAUAAUUAUUAUUAUUUAAUUUAUUAUUUAUAAUUAUGAUCAAUAAUUAUUCAUUUAAUCACUUGUAUAAGUAAUUAUUCAUUUAAUCACUACUUCAUACUGUAAAAAAUUUGCAGAAUGAAUGCGGAUUAAAUCCGGAGUGAAUGCGGAGUGGGUAACUGUUUAUUUAUUUAAUCCCCUCGGAGUUAAACUUACUCCGAAGUGAAAUUAAUUUAAAUAUUAAAACUCCGGUUCGGAGUUAAAUUCACUUCUGAAAGGAGAUUCAGAUCACUUUGAAAUCACUCCGCUGAAAAACAACCUCCGAAUUUACUCCGUAUGCGGAGUGAAUUUUUUUAAAACUCCGGAACUCUGAGUGAACUCAGAUUUAAAUAAAAUCCGUAAUCACUUGCAAUUUUUUACAGUUCAUUAAUUGGUUUACUAAAAUUUGAUUAAUUAUUAUAAUAACACAAUAUCAUCUUCAUGUCUAUGAAAUAAUGCUUUUUUCAUACUUUUAUAUAAUAUGA